GCUGUAGUCCCCUCCCCGGAUACUGCACUUCUCCUUCCCCCUUCAUAUAUAAAGCUAACACGACAAUCAGGCCGUCCCCGGGCUGCUCUAUUUUCUCGUAUAUGGUGAGACUGUGCGAGAGAAGGAUGAAGUUCCUUGUAGCUGUUACAGUCAUUGUGGGAUCGUUGAUUUUCCUCGCUUUCCCUAAUGGCUCCUCUGCUGACGAGAAGAAGAAAGGCCCGAAAGUGACUGCGAAGGUGUUCUUUGACAUCAGGAUUGGAGAUGAAGAUGUAGGAAGAAUCGUCAUCGGAGUGUUUGGAAAGACUGUCCCCAAAACAGUCGACAACUUCGUGGCCCUUGCAACAGGAGAGAAAGGAUUCGGCUACAAAGGCAGCAAGUUCCACAGAGUCAUCAAGGACUUCAUGAUCCAGGGUGGAGACUUCACCAGAGGAGACGGCACCGGGGGCAAGAGCAUCUAUGGAGACCGCUUCCCCGAUGAGAACUUCAAGCUGAAGCACUACGGACCCGGCUGGCUCAGCAUGGCCAACGCUGGCAAAGACACCAACGGCUCUCAGUUCUUUAUCACUACUGCUACCACUCAGUGGCUGGAUGGCAAACACGUCGUCUUUGGAAAAAUUUUGGAGGGAAAUGAUGUGGUGAAGAAAGUUGAGAGCACAAAGACAGACGGCCGCGAUAAACCUCUGAAAGACGUCAUCAUCCACGAUUGCGGCAAAAUCGAGGUGGAAAAGCCUUUCGCAGUGGCCAAGGAGUAAGAGAGCUGCAGAGAGGAAACGGGACUGGGGGCUUUACUGAGGGUGCGGGUUAAUCGUGCGGGUCACCUUGAUUUUUAUCGCGAGCAGCCCCACGUGGUCCUGGAAGAACAGGCUGCGGGUCAUUCAGUGUUGGUGGCUGUCGUCUUAAAGCACCAGGAGAGCAUUAACAUCGAGCAAUCACUACGACACUCUGGGUCCAUUUACCAACGAGCAUUCCAUGGUGCACUUACUGGUCGUUGUUGAUUUUUUUUUUUUUUUUU